CUUUUCGGGUAGUGAAGGGUUCACUGCUUUUCGAGUAUACACGUCACCCUUCUCCCGCAUCUCCAAAAAAACCUGUGGCCUUCAUGAGACAAGAUUCACAGGCCACCAUCGUCUUCAAAACUCCAAAGCUCGUUUGUCCCCUUCUUCCUUCCCUCUCGCCUGUCCCGUUUCCUGAGUGCCAUCGUUUUUUGUUGAGACACUUAUCUCCAAAACCCUCCCUCAUGAUUCUCCCCAAUUAGAGGCGCGACCCUCUGUAUCUGUAAUUUUGCCAGAAAAUAGGAUCUUCCUGCUCUUGCUUUUCUCGUAACAAUGGUUGCAAUGGCUAGUACUGCUGUUGGCACACUCAAAAUUGUGAGAACGAGAGCUGAAAGUGGCACCAUCCCAAGGAACGGCCAGUUACUUCAUCCCUUGAAGUUGGGAUUCUGUGGUUCUGAGUCAUGCGGGACACUUCUUCCUAGCUUGGGGUUGCUGUGCACCGACAGGAGGAGCAGAGUUCAGGGGCCAAUGUGCAGCUUGUCUUCCUCCUCUAGGCCUGCUUCACAGCCGAGGUUCAUCCAGCACAAGAAAGAGGCUUUCUGGUUCUACAGGUUUCUGUCAAUAGUGUAUGAUCAUAUCAUUAAUCCCGGACAUUGGACUGAGGAUAUGAGGGAUGAUGCCCUUGAGCCUGCCGACCUCAACGACAGAAACAUGGUGGUCGUGGAUGUGGGCGGUGGCACCGGAUUCACGACGUUGGGAAUCGUCAAGCACGUAGAUGCCAAGAAUGUAACCAUACUGGACCAGUCACCGCACCAGCUGGCUAAGGCCAAGCAGAAGGAGCCUUUGAAAGAGUGCAGGAUUAUUGAAGGGGAUGCGGAGGAUCUCCCCUUCCCUACUGAUUAUGCUGAUAGAUAUGUGUCUGCUGGAAGCAUAGAGUAUUGGCCAGAUCCUCAGAGAGGCAUCAAAGAAGCAUACAGGGUCUUGAAACUUGGUGGAAAGGCUUGUCUAAUUGGUCCAGUAUACCCAACUUACUGGUUAUCUCGUUUCUUUGCCGAUGUCUGGAUGCUGUUCCCAAAGGAGGAAGAGUACAUAGAGUGGUUUGAAAAGGCUGGAUUCGAGGAUGUCCAACUCAAAAGAAUUGGCCCUAAAUGGUACAGAGGUGUGCGCAGACAUGGUCUGAUUAUGGGAUGUUCUGUUACAGGCGUGAAGAAGCAAUCUGGCGACUCCCCAUUGCAGCUUGGACCUAAGGUUGAAGAUGUAAGCGCUCCUGUAAAUCCACUCGUUUUCCUCUAUCGUUUCAUUUUGGGUGCACUAGCAGGAGCAUAUUACGUCCUGGUGCCCAUUUACAUGUGGCUUAAGGAUCAGCUUGUUCCCAAGGGUCAACCCAUAUGAAUGGGCGAGGGAGAGAGAGAUAGAGAAAAGAAGAGUUGUCUUUAUCUCAUCGUAUGCACAAUGUUGUUGCAGAAUUAAAAUGUGUUUAAGACUUAAUUUUUCAUCUUUCUCAUGGCAAGCACGAUCUUCUUACAGAACUUAAAGGUAUUGGACUUAUUUUUUCAUCUAAA